AGCCAAAUUCGGCCCUCAAGGUCACCGAUGGAGAAUGUCCUCAAAGGAGUGGUAGCGUACGUUGAUGUCAAAUCAUCAUUUGGAAACCCGGCAAUCGCUCUUAGUGCCAGUCUUGAAUCUUUAGGAGCUAAAGUGUGUCAUACUUUAAGUCACUUAGUUACACAUGUUAUUUUUCGAAAUGGCUCAGAAGUGGUCAGAAGUUGGGCUACAAAGAGAAAUAUACCAGUAGUAUCUCCAGCAUGGGUAAAGGCUUCUAGAAUGAUGAAGGUUAAAGCUCCCGAGGCGGCCUACUUUGAAAAGGAGGACGGAAGUGAUCUCUCUGAAUUACCCACAAAAAUGGAUAAUGAAGAUAGUAGUGAUGUAAAGGUUACAAAUCGAACUGGUGUGGAUAUUUCAGCUUUAACUGACUCUCCAAUUACUUCUACCCAAAAUAUAACAGAUCAAUCAAAAGUUUUAGAAUUCCGUAAUUCUUUAUCACCUAUUAUUAAUCAACCUCAAAGUUCAGUUAUCAUUGACGAUAGUAUAAUAAGUAAUUCUUUAAUAGAAAAUUAUCCUGUUACAACUAAUUCUCAACAAAAAUUAUCAUCUAAAUUUCGUCUUAUUAAUCCGAAUGUUGAUUCACCAUCGGAACAAUUAAUUGUUCCAAAAAUUAAAAAAGCAUCACAUUUAUUCAAUGAAAUUAAUAACCAAUCAAAAAAAUUGAGAAGGAAAUCAUCUAUUAAUAGUAAAAGAAUUUCAAUUGGUACUCCGCUUACACCAGAUAUUCUACUGGAUUUUGUCAGUUCCACACAUUCAUCAAAAUCGGCUAAUACAAAAAAGCAUAACACUGAAUCUGUAGACAAUAAAUUGGAAAAUGUUCAACAACAAUUAAAAAAGUCAAACUUAUUAACAUAUAGAAAAUCUACAAAAUUAUUCUCCAAUUUAAAAAAUUCACCAUCAGUUACACCUAAAUUACGUAGUAAGUCAAUUCUCAAAGAGGUUAAUCAUAACAGUAAUACCACUACUACUACUACUACUAAUGGUGAUGAUGAUGAUCAUAAUAAUACUAAGGUUAAAUUAAAGACUACGCUAUCUACAGGUAAAAGAACACCAAUUCACAAACAAUCAAGACAGUCUACUCACAAUAGUCAGUCAAAAAGUAAAAGUAUUACAGAGAAGAAAACGAAUAAUAAUGAAGAAAUGAAAAAUCUCUUAGCAUCAUCUAGUCGUAAACAGAAUGUCAAUUCUUCAAAAGACAUUUCAAUUCAACAGCGAAAAAAAUCAAUGAGUGCAUUAUGUACGCAAACAUUACGACCUGUAAUUGUUCGUCUACCAUCCAAUGUAGAUUUAGACGCAACAAAAAUUGUUCCUUGUUUAGAGGAAUCAGAAUCACUUAACAAGCAACAAGACAAAUCAAAUCAAACUUUAAUGGUAUCUAAUUCUGUCCAUAAAAAAUCAUGUGGUGUAACCAACGAACUGUUGCCAGACAAUCAUUAUAAAGCAAAGUUAAAUAAUAACGAAAUUACACCACUAUCAACAACACCGAAACGUCUAUCUGUGAGUCAAAUAAAAACUAUCAAUAAACGUAGUAGCUUAGAAGAAUUUCGGUCUACACCGCAGGUAAAACGCAAAGAUAUGUCGAUAAGAUCUCCAGUAGCGUCUGAAAUAGGUGCAACAAGGAUCAGCAUAGUAUUUAGUGGAACUCAAUCAGAAGAAGAACAAGUUUUGAUUGCACUACUGAAAUCAAGCAAUUUAAUUGGUUAUGAUAUAAUUAAACCUUCGUUUUCACAUUCUCAUUUAACAAGAACAAAAUGUAAACUUGGUACAGCUAAUCGUUCUUCUGGUUUAUCAGAAUUUACACAUUUAGUCACAGAAUCCCCUUGUCGAAGAACAUUGAAAUUAUUUCAUGCUUUAAUUCGUGGUGCACAUAUUGUUACUACUGAUUGGAUACGUCAAUCAGUAACUUUGAAUAUGUGGUUAUCUGAAUCAGAAUUUAAACCUCCUGGAUUACCUCGUUUAUCACGUAUGCAAAGAAUGAAUAGAUUAUUUUCAAGUGUCGGUAUUAUUUAUGUUGAUAUUGAUACAAAACCACCACGUCAAGAUCUUGUGGACUUAUUGAAUUUAGGCGGUGCACUUCUUACCAAUAGGAAAACAGAAGCUACAAUUCUUAUCGGUUGUAAUAUGUCAAAUAAAAUAUGUAUUAAACCGAAGUGGAUUUUAGUUGAUUAUUAGCUUUAUUCUAUUGUGAAUGAAAUUCCGUAUCAAAACAAAUGAUCCUGGAUGUAUUGAAAAUUUCUCCAAUAUUGUUCAAAUGAUUGCUGGAUUAGCAAAAAAUGUGAUUUUACAUUUGAACAAAAAUCAAUUAUUAUUUAUUAUUAAAGAACGAUCUGUAUUUGGUGGAGUUACAGCAUGGUGUGAUUUAGAUCUUGCAAUAUUAUUUCCUGAACGUAUAUGUGAAGGAAUUUCACCGGAUCAAAAUGAAAUAUUCCUGGAAUUAAAUAUCGAUCAUUUACUGCAUUGUAUUCGUCCGAAUACUCAAUCUACAUCUAGUCGUAAUCCUUUAUACAAUUCAAAUUGCACAUCGAACUCAUAUACAACAGUGAAUAAAUCUCGAAUUGGAUCUAAUUCUGUAACAGGAAUGAUUAGUAAUUUAGAUCAGUCAGUUUGUCGACUACUUGGAUUGAAAAUAAAAUUAGUUAGACGUAAAACUCCUUGUUUAGCAAUUGAAUUGGAUCAGUCAAGUGUUACAGGUCAUCCACGCGCUGUUUGGCAUUUUAUUCCCGUUCAAGUUGUACCUCCUCGUUUAUGGGAUGAAUUUGUUGAGCUACCAGAUCCAGAUUUUAAUGUGAGUAUUUUCUUCCCACCAGUGAAAACAUUACGCCCAUUUGUUGAUCGUAUGAAAAAAUUUGCAAAGUUUAUUAUUAUCAGUGCAAAUGGUUCAGGUGAAUUAAAUUUUGCUGUCAAUGUUGAAACGUUGGCUUCUGUUAAGUUAACAUUUCGAGGUUUAAAAGCUCGUAGUUGGAUGAAUUCAGAAUCAUUUUCAACUGAAAUUAAUGAUUCAAUUGAUGAAGCUCGUAGUACAAUUUGGGAUUCUAACGAUGUUGAUUUGGAUAAUUCAAAACAGUUAAACAAUAACGAAGAUCCGAAUAAAAAAUUAGUGUCGAUUAGUUUAGACUUACGACGUAUCAGUCAGUUAUUAUCAAGUCCAAGAAUUGCACCAUCUUGUUUUGUUUGUAAAAUAAUGAUAUUUGAAGCCAAGGGUGUUUCAUUGUCUAUAUCAACACCUAGCUGACAAGUUUCGGGACAAGACGAAACACUCACAUUGAAUCCUACUUCUAGCCAAUACCUAACUUUACUAAAGUCUCCUGAAAACUAACCAUCCUUAAUCAUUAUAGCAUUUGAAAAACCAAAGUAACCAUGUGAAUAUUGUUUACUUUGUUAUCUGUACAAUAAAUUCAGAUGAUCGUUAUCAUCUCAACAACUAAAAUAUUAGUCUGUUGUUUGCACAGAGACAUUUUGCUACAAUGUUAAAGUAAUUUAUUCAAUAGAAUAUGUAUUUAACUAUUGUGUUCAAGUCAUUUUCUUUUCUUAACUCUUCUUCUUACAGAUAUUAUACAUGAAAAGUUAGCACAAUUUCUAGUGUUAUUUGACAAUUAUAAAUUGAAAUAUAAUAUACCUGCAUCUAAUUUAUAAAAUAAAUAAUCAUCCU